GAUAGCUGAAAUCGAGAAAAAGAAGUUAUACGAGGUACGACCGUCUCGCGGAUGUUGUAUACUGUAAACGUCGUAGAAUUCGUAUUUUGAUUAAUCGCGAACGUACGUAUUGUAUUCGAAUACUAAUAACGAUGUUAGUCCGGUGUACGCUUGCUACGCAAGAUUUAAACAUUCCACAGUUGAAUGCACGGCCGCUCAAAUCAUGCGUGUUGACCAAAAAAAUAAACGACCGUUAUUAUCUGUGCGUUAAGAACUCAAUGUAUCCGAAUAAUGAAUACUUCAACUUGGCCAUGGUGAAAAAAAUCUACCAUCAAUUCGUUGCAGAUGGGAAGAUGGGAUUGGAAUUCAUAGAGCCCAAAAAAAUAUUGAUGAUAGAUUCCCAAGACAAGUCAGAUGUUUACACGUUGUACACUCAAAUUAAGGAUAUUGUUGAUGGUAAAAAAGUGAACAUUGCUACAUGUCAAAUGCCCAAGACGGUAUCUAAUAAAAAAGCUGUUGUUAAUCGUUUUGAUCCAACAGCUCUCAAGUUUGUAGCUGUUGAUCGUUUUGACAACCGUGUAUUGAAUAUGAGACAUCUGACCACACUUGUGCUAGAAAAUUGUGAAUUACCAACGAUCCCUGUAGAAGUUGGUAGUUUACCGAUUACAUAUCUCAGCAUAUCGGAUAGUAAACUUCCAACCAAUCAAGAUACGUUCUGGAAUUGGACGUCUAUAACAACAAUUUGUGAUACAUUAACGACUUUAAAAAUGGAUUCUAUAGGCAUUACAAGAUUACCGUUUGAAAUAACGUUCCUAAAAAAUCUACAAACUUUAUCUACAACCAAAAAUGAACUGUCAUAUUUGCCUCAUUUCAUCGGUGAACUUAAGAAACUCAAAAACUUGUUUGUUGCUGAAAAUUUGUUAGUAUACUUUCCUCAUUGUUUAUCUUCUAAAAUUUUUAACAAAGUGGAUCUAUCAAAUAACUUAUUUCUCUUGCCGAGAAUUCAACCAUACGAUGAUCACUUACUUCGAUAUUUGGCUAUAUCGGGUAUUGUAAAGGAAGACGGUUGUGAAAAUGCAGUACACUCAUUAUAUCAUUUGGCAUUAUACAAUUUGAUGGAUAAUCGUGUACCAUUCAAAAGACAGGAUAUACCCUACACAUUAUGGAUAUACUUUAAUUUAGCGGGUCGUUGUAGUGUGUGUGAUAGAUGGACACUACCACAUUACUGUCAAAUAAGUUAUACACGUUCAUUACCUAGAGCAGAACAUUUAAUAAAAGAUCAAGCACUCAAUAAUAUACCAUGGCAAUCAAUGACUUGUGGUUUUCCAAAUAAUUGUAUAAUACAGGAGGAGGUUUAGUAUAAGCUAUAUUUAUUUAUCAAUAUGAAAGUAUCGGUAUAACUAUUUAUUAAGUGGUCAAUAGUAAAUUACAGAUUCAAUUAUUACUAUUAUUUAUU